AUGGACGUUACUCUCGUCGUUUCUUCUUGGUCCCGGCAGCUCUCCGUCGCCGGCCACCAGCAAGUUUCUUCUUGUCAGAUCCAAGCACCCCUCUAUGGAUUUCUGCUCGGUCUUUGGAUGGUUUAUACAGGAUGGAACGAGAUUUGUCAGGCUUACGGGUUCACCAUGGUUGCUGCUCUCCAAUGGACCCCUGCAUCAGUGUCUCGGAGGACUCGCCUCGAGGCCAUCGAGAAUAUCCCAACUAGCCAUGAUUCGACUUCCAUGGUUUCUUGCUCUAUGGAUGCGAAAUUACAGGGAUUAAUGAUCAUUGGAGAUACUGUUUCUCCGAGAUUACGAACCAACCUUACGGGAUCUGGUUCUUGGAUUUCCAUAAUUGGCACUUGGGGAAUCACAGCGCUUGCAAUCAAGCGAGAUUGA